GGACCACUGCUCUCAAGUAAUUCCGACCCCAGUUGUUAUUUUAAUGAUUCUUAUUAUCAAACGAUUAGUUUUAAUCCAACUAUUUCGCGCCUGUUAUUAAUAAUAAUCGUCCGUCGCUAUUAGAAAGACUCGCGACAGGUCGUAAAAUGGAGAUAGUUUUAAAAAGUAUAAAAUAAGACGAAGAAAGAAGAGAAAGUGAUGGGAAAAAGUUAGCGAGGCGAAGAAAGAGAAAGUGAAAUUGUGGCAGUUGGUAGUGAAAUAGUUUGGAGACCGAGUGUUAAUGGUUGGGCUUCCUUACAAUAUCCAUCAACUCUCUGUUUCUGCUCUGACCUGAACCUUUCAACAAAAUGGGCAAUUGGCUUGGAAGCAAUAAUGAGAAAAGCAGCACACCAUCUUCAUCACCACCACCGCCCACACCAUCAACUUCCUUCUCCCCACCCACACCAUCACAUCCCUACUCCCCGCCCACACCAUCAACUUCCUUCUCCCCGCCCACACCAUCACAUCCCUUCUCCCCGCCCUCAAGAACAACUCUGUCACCACCCACAUCAUCAACUGGAACCAGUCAGAAGCAAGAUACGACAAAGGCAGACAAAGAUGUUCAGAGGUUUUUAAUCCAAUUGCUAAGAGAUGUCAGUAUGGCUGCAUAUUGUCCUGAUCCCAAUGUGAUGCAUACAGCUCUAAGACUGGUUGACACUUUUGGUCCUGUGAAAGCUUUCUCAACUCUAUGGGAAAUGUACCCAAGACUACCAUCAGAAAAGCAAAUUUCUUUAUUCCACAUUUUCUUGAGCUUAAGAGUAAAGUAUCCAGGUACUUUAGUAUUUGAUGAAGAAGAACUGUUCUUACCACACAAUGGAUUGCUAUAUUUUCACAAAAAUCAAGAAUGGAUUUUACUUGCCUAUCUGAUUAUUGGCAUCCAAGACUAUCCUGACUCUCUGUUCCAUCAGAUGGCAUGUUUUGAAGACACAUCCGAUCUAACGUUGGUGGAAAUAUUGCAAGAAUAUUCUUUGAAUAUUCCUCCACACAUUGAUUUGUUAAUUGAAAAAAUUUUGGUCAAUGGUGCCCCCUGUGAGUACUUAUGUGCUUACAGGAAAGCACCUGCACUUCAUGUUGCUGCAGAGAUUGCUACUGUUUCAGGACAGUUCCAGACAUUUUCUUAUGUUCUCCAAUGGGCAAGUACUUCAAGGAACCAACUGGAUGCAACAGACAGAAAUAAACAAACAGCUUUUGAAAGGAUUUGUGAUUUGGUUGAUGACCACCCAUCACACAGUAAAAAAGUAUUGACACUACUGCUGAAUGAGGAUUGUCGGUUACCCCACAAUACAUCUGAGAGCUGCCGUAAGAUUCCUGUUGAAUGUGUUGAUGCAGAAUUGUUUCGUCUAAAAGAAAUCCUUGAAAGCACAGCCCUAACAGGGGACUAUGAAUGUGCAGCCGUUCAGUGUCGGAGAGGUGUCGACCUUUUGCUGUGUUGCCAUCAAGUAAAGGACCUGAGCAAAUAUUACCAGGGCUUGUAUGCUAUUCACCUAGAUAAAAAGAAGAAAGUUAAGUUGAGAUCUGCUCAUUAUACGUUUACUUUCCUUAAUUAUCUUGAGAAUACUUUCUGCUAUCUUAAAAGAAUUAAAGAAAUUGAUAAAGAUAUUGAUGCCAUUUUAGAAAAUGUACAUAAAAUGGAAGAAGAUGAGGCGAACAAAUUUCUUCUGGAAAAAUCUAAAUCUUCUAAAUCCUGGCCAAUGCUACAUUUCCUUCUCAGUGGAACAAAACCACGUCUUCAGAAAUUCAAUGCUUCCCACAUGAAUAUUUCAACUUUAUUGGAAUCAAGAACAUCUAAUGAAAUCGAUAAGUCAUCUGCUCUUGAAUUAUUAAUGAAUCUUCUGAGGAAUGGUCUUCUCUCGGGACAUGAUAGUGCCGUGAAAAUUCACAAAAUCCUGCAACUGACAUUAGACAUUGGUUGUCUUGAUGCUUUAGAUUACUGCCUUAACAACAAGAACAUCAACGUGGUGAACGCCAGAAACGAGACUCUGCUGCAUUCCUUGGUACAAACUGAAGUUGAAGAUGUUCAAUUUUACAUAAAAGUUAUGAAACUCUUGCUGAAGAAAGGAAUCAAAAAAUCAAUGAAAGACUCUCAAGGCCGAAAGGCAGAGGAUCUAGUCUCCAUUGUAAGGCUGCCAGGAGCACUUCUCAAAGUGGAAAAUAUCAAUUGCUGCGACAAUCUUGGAAAUGUGAUGGAUGAAGUAAAGAAGCUGAAGUCAACUGGUAACAGACAGCUUUUAGCAUCGUACUGUACUGUUGGCAUGUAUAUGCUGUUAGAAACAGGUGCCCCACAUUCCAAGUCAGCGCAAGUGGUGGAAUUUUGUACAACAAGUGCAAUGGUGGCCUUUGCAUUAGGAUUUGCAGAAACUGCCGUACAUGAUUUGGCUCAUGCAAUAAGCUGGUGUAAUUCAGUGCAGGACGUCCUCUUGGUAUCAGAUGUCUAUUAUAGAAAGGGCAAUUACAAAAUGGCUUUGAAAUAUUGUGAAAAGGCUUACGAAUUUAUUCCUCCUGACUUUAUGUCCAAUGAGAAUUAUAUGAAACCAAUUCUGUAUGAAACCAUAAAAAUAACUGUUGAAGGCUUGCAUAUGACUUCAUUUCCUUGUUAUAAAACUAAACCUGACAUUUAUGAUGUGUGUAAAGGACUUGAAAGCUUCAUUUUACAAUGUUUGCCUCUCUUAUUCAACAUUGGAAAUGAAGCUGUGAAAAGAGGGGAAGAUUUGCUCGGUGCAUUUGCCUUUAAUACUUUUUACACGUAUUGGCCAUAUCAUGCUAAAGAUUUUUUGAAAACAUUUCACCUGAGGCAGCUUGAUACUUCAGUAUUCAAAAUGGAUGUUAUGCAAAAACUCAUUGUACUGUUUGUGAAGCACAAUUUUGACUUGAGAAAACUUGCACUCCAUGAUGGUGAUACCUACUUACACUCAUGUGUAAAACUGUCCUUGUAUUAUGGUUAUUUUGAUUUGCUUGAACUUAUCAUAAACUGCCGAACAAUAAAGAAAAACGAAUUACAUAUAAUCGACAAUAAUAUGAGAACAGCUUUUGAUUUACUUGGAUUUUGUAGAAAUAGUGAAUUCCAUGAGCGAACACAGAAUAUUCUGCUUUUGGCAUUGAUGCAAGUCCCCAGCAAGAAGAAAAUUUCAAUGCAAUUUCCAAAUCCCGUCUAUCUUAAUAUUGGUGAUGGUGUUGUUGUGAGAGAUGGAGGAGGGCAGACAGAAUCAGCAGGAAUAACAGGAAUGGUAUCAGGAACGGCAGCAGCAGUUGGCAAAGGAGGAAUAGCGACAGCAGCAGUUAGCAAAAAAGGAAUAGCAACAGCAGCAGUUAGCAAAAAAGGAAAAGCAACAGCAGCAGUUAGCAAAAAAGGAAUGGCAACAGCAGCAGUUAGCAACAAAAGAAAAGCAACAUCAGCAGUUAGCAAAAAAGGAAUGGCAACAGCAGCAGUUAGCAAAAAAGGAAUGGCAACAGCAGCAGUUAGCAACAAAAGAAAAGCAACAUCAGCAGUUAGCAAAAAAGGAAUAGCAACAGCAGCAGUUGGCAAAGAAGGAAUAGCAACAUCAGCAGUUAGCAACAAAGGAAUAGCGACAGCAGCAGUUAGCAAAAAGGAAUAG